AUGGCACAAAAUAAACUACAUGAGUUUGCAACACGAUUCUACAGAAAUCCAAAUGGUACUUCUUUAGGACUCAAAGUCCUCGCAGCGGCCGGCGUGGCGGUUUAUGGUGUUACGAAAUCUUUAUACACAGUGGAGGCUGGCCAUAGAGCGAUCAUAUUUUCUCGCAUAGGAGGUAUUCAAAAAGAUAUUAUGACCGAGGGUCUUCAUUUUCGUGUUCCAUGGUUCCAUUAUCCAAUUAUUUACGAUAUUAGAAGCAGACCUAGAAAAAUCUCUUCUCCCACUGGAUCCAAAGAUUUGCAAAUGGUCAAUAUUUCUCUUCGUGUACUUUCCCGUCCUGAUGCAUCCACAUUACCUAUAAUGUACCGUAAUUUAGGUCUUGAUUAUGAUGAGAAGGUUCUACCAAGUAUUUGUAAUGAAGUAUUAAAGUCAGUUGUAGCUAAGUUCAAUGCAUCUCAGCUCAUUACACAAAGACAACAGGUUUCAAACUUAGUAAGAAAAGAAUUGACUGAACGUGCACGUGAUUUUAACAUUGUACUGGAUGAUGUAUCUAUUACUGAGCUGAGUUUUGGUAAAGAAUAUACAGCUGCUGUAGAAGCUAAACAAGUAGCCCAGCAAGAAGCACAAAGAGCAGCCUUUGUUGUAGAAAGAGCAAAACAAGAAAGGCAGCAAAAGAUUGUCCAGGCAGAGGGUGAAGCAGAAGCAGCUAAAAUGCUUGGUCUAGCUGUUAGCCAAAACCCUGGUUAUCUAAAAUUAAGAAAACUUCGAGCAGCGCAGACUAUUUCUCGCACAAUUGCUGCGUCCCAAAAUCGCCUUUAUCUUAGUGGCAAUAAUCUAAUGUUGAAUAUUCAAGAUCCGUCGUUCGAUGAUUCAUCAGAUAAAUUAAAAAAUUCUGAAGAAAUGGGCCGGAAAAGCUGGAAUGAUACUACCGAAUUCGCGGUGAAAUCAUUAAAAUCCAAUCCUCAACCACCGUUGUAUGGGGCUGCGCCAGUAAUUCCAGAAGAGCAAAUAUCGACUUUGUUGGAUUCAGCAGAUGAUGGAGCAAAAAUGAUAGUUUCUUGAACUGCAAACCUUAAGGUUUGGAGAGAUCUUGCGAUGCGAGCUCGUCUUUUUGUUUGUUCCUUAUCCGAAUCCUAUUAUCGUCGUGAAAUAUGCAAGUUCUUUAACAAUAUUGUGCUAAUAGAACUCCGUAACAAAGAUACAAUGUUUCUGUGAACACAUAUGCGUGUGUAUCACAUAUUAUUAGUAUAGUCGUAAAUAAAACAUAACUUAUAAUUUA